AUGGAGCUGAAGAACCAGACCUACCUUAACUGGUCCUCCGUCGGCGCCUUCAACGGGGACAAAGACCCUCUCGCUUCUUUGGACGUGGCCUUUGGCUUGCGCAUGGCCAUCGCCGUGGUCUACGCGCUGGUCUGUGCCGCGGGGUUGUUGGGAAACGGGUUGGUGAUGUUCUUCAUCCGGACGCGGAAGAUCCGCCCCACGCCGGCCAUCAACAUCUUCGUUUUCGGCUUGGCGGCGGCCGACUUCCAGUUCUCCUUGACCCUUCCUUUCUGGGCCACCGAGAUGGUGCUGGACUUCAGCUGGCCCUUCGGCCCAACCCUGUGCAAGAUCGUCCCGUCCAUGACGGUCCUCAGCAUCUACACCAACGUCUUCUUGCUCACGGCCAUGAGUGUCGCCCGCUACCGCUUGGUGGCUUCCGCCGUCAAGGAUGGUCCCAGAAUCACCGUGAGUGUGGCCAAGCGGACAACGUUGGCUCUUUGGGUCUUGGCCAUAGCAGCCACCAUCCCGACCAUCAUCUACACCAUGGUGGUGGACGUCCUUGGCGUGAAAAUCUGCGUCUUCAAGUUCCCAUCGCAGUCUUGGUUGGGCGUCUACCAACUCCAGAGGGUGGUCUUCACGUUCGUGGUCCCGUUAGCUGUCAUCGUGACCUUCUACCUGCUUCUCUUGAGGUUCCUCAAUGUCCGUCGUAUCUCCGGUGAGAAUAGGAGACAGAAACAAGUCGCGGCCACGGUCGGCUUAGUGGUGGGAUGCUUCUUCGUCUGCUGGUUCCCCAACCACGUCAUCACCUUCUGGGGCAUCCUCAUCAAGUUCAAGGUGGUCUCCGCGGGGGAGGUCUUCUACGCCGUCCACACGUAUGUCUUCCCCAUCUGUACUUGCUUGGCUCACACCAGUAGUUGCCUCAACCCGGUCCUCUACUGCCUGAUGCGCCGCGAGUUCCGGGAAGCCAUCAAAGACACCUUCCGUAGGUUCUCCUCCUCCGUGGCGAACUAUCAAUACUUCUCUUCUCAACGGACGCUGGAGGACGUUGUGGUCCUGCCCUUGAGCCGCAGGACCUUCUCCGGACCCCAAGACUCCAAGGAACGUGAGGUUGGGAGCAUACCAGGGGUAGAAAUGCCCAUGUGA